UGUCAAGAAACGAGUUCGUAGAGGUGGAGGACGGAGACCUCACAAUCCUACAGAUGGAAACAGGGGUGGAAAUCGACAAUCGACUAGUGGAUUUUCUGGAAAUCAGGGUCAGCCAGCAAGUAGUCGUGAUGGUCAACGACCAUAUACGACGCAGUAUGCACAAGGAAGUAGUGGUCACGGAGGUCGCGGAUAUGGAGGUGGCGGACAUGGAAGUCGCGGACGUGGUGGUGGUGGACGUGGUGGUUUUGUUGAUAUGAAAGGAUCAUUUAUAAAGUCAGGCGUAUCGGCACCACAUUUGGUUCCGAUAAAGCAUUCAGCUAAUCAACCGUGGAAACCAUUUCCUGAUGAACAGGUGGACAUCAAAAUACCAGUGAGACCGGGACAAGCGACAGAAUAUGACAAAAAAAUCUGUCUUCGUGUCAAUCAUUUUCCUAUGAAUAUCAAAUUGCCAGCCAAAAUUUAUCAUUACGUUGUGGACGUGACCAAAAUUAUUGACGACACUAAGCCCAAGAAAUCGGCUAAGGAUGCAAAAAAAUCAUCGAAAUCAAAAGAUGAACCCGAGAAUCAACUGGUUGAGAAGAAGGUGUUGCCACGACAUCUGCGAUACGCAAUCCAUAGAAAAUUGUUGGAUCAACUUCGUGAAGCCUUUUCCGAAUCGAGUCCCGGCAAAAAGAUCGGAAUCAUUUCUGAUCGGUCAACAGCUAUAUAUUCCACCCAGAUGUUGGAACUUAGCGUUCCGUUGGAACAAAAUGUGGAAAUUUAUCCAGACGCUGGUGAAACUGGGCGUCACGAAGUGUUUCGUGUGACCUUGGCACCCACCGUUGAAAAGAUCAAUACAAACGGAUUGCAGGGUCUCAUCAAUAACAUGAAAGGCAUUCCAAUCACAUCCGACCUGGAUGCAUUAAACCGGAUCUACAAUACUUUGAUGAAAAAUCUGAAUUGUAGCCGAUACGUUCCGAUCGGCAGAAGUUCUUUGAUUUGCUUUGAUGACGGUACCAGUUUUUCGUUGGGUGGUGGCUUAUUGAAUUUCAAAGGCUAUGAUGCUACAAUUGAAAUUACUAACGGUUGGAAACCAUUUCUAAAUGUUCACAUUGCUAAUUGUGCCACGCUCCUGAACAAAAAUGUUAUCGAAGUUUUCGCGGACCUCUUCGGCUACUCACAAGACGCUUGUCGUACGAUUGAUGGAUGGAGACCGAAAGAUUUUAAAUUGGCUUCGGAUUUGUUGUCCAGUUGCAAAGUAAAAUAUUUUCCAUCAUCGGCGGAUAAGACUAAAGUCCUUGGUGGUACUGUCACCAAAGUCAUUCCGAUGUCCAUUUCGAAGAAAAAGUUUUCAUUGGAAGAACCAAACGGGCGCAAACGUGACGUAAGCAUUUACGACUAUUUUGUUGAAAAAUACGGACGCAAGGAUCUGCACCCGAAUGGACCUUGUUUGGAAUUGAACAGCAAAAAUUACGUCCCAGCCGAGAUCUGCGAAGUGAAGAAGGGUCAAUAGAUCAAUAGAAAAUUGACAAGCGACCAAACCACCAAAAUGCUCAACUGUUCCAAAAAGCCGCCGAACGUGUUGCAAUCGGAAAUUGAGCGAGCGAUUCCGAAUUUAGAUCUAUGCAACGACCCAAUUCUGAAGGAAUUCGGAUGUUCAUUUGAAAAUAGAGUCAGCUUGUUGGAGCUAUCAGAGACACGAAAAUUGGCUGAUCCUCUACUGUGCUAUAAAUCACAGUCUAACGAUCCUGCAAACAUUAUUCCUGCUAACGGAGUAUGGGACAGCUACCGAUGUGAGGCGAAGUUCCUCGAUCCACGAAAAAUUUCAAAAUGGGGAAUUCUGUACACCUGCAAAGGCUACAACCGAUCAGAUUUGUCGUAUUCACAAAGUGAAUUUGUCGACAAAUUAAAGAGCAUGGGUAAUGUGGCCGGUGUUCAAUUCACAUCGGAACCAGUAAGCCACGAUCUGAGCAGAGAAAUACGUGACCAAGAAGAAGAAGCUGCUGAAAACAUCAGAAUACUGACCAAUUGCUUCAAGAGCAAAUUCAAAGAUUGCGAUAUCGUUUUGGUUGUGAUUCCGGCCAAAUUGUGCCAUGUUUAUGGCCAUGUGAAACAAGCCGCGGAGAUCAAUGUCGGAAUUUUGACUCAGUGUAUUGCUGCAGCUAACUUUAAACCUCAACCGAACCGAUUUGAGAGUAUUGUCGGGAAUAUUAUCCUAAAAAUAAAUAGCAAACUUGGUGGAAUAAACCAUACUGUUGUCAAUCCAACGGCUGCUAUACCAUUCAAAUUGUUUGAGGAGCCUGUCAUGAUUGUUGGAGCUGAUGUUACGCAUGGUGGAUGUGACGGUGGAUACAGCUACGCUGCGGUCACUUGCAGUAUUCAUAACAGUGGAAUGCCGUACAUGAUGCACGCACAGGCACAACAGAAAGCAGGAAAAGGAUCUGCAGAAGUUAUUCAUAAUUUUGAUGUCAUUAUGAGGACCUGUCUGACGGCUUAUAAAGCCUAUACCAGAAGUGCACAGUAUCCGUAUGGCCUAAAACCCAGCAAGAUCAUAUACUAUCGCGAUGGUGUCGGAGAGGGACAAUUCCCGGAGAUUCUUCACACCGAAAUGCGCAGCAUUCGAAAAGCUUGCUCCAGCCUAAGCGCAUCGUAUCAACCGGCAAUUACGUUUAUUACCGUGCAAAAGCGGCACAAAACUCGCUUUUUCAUGCAGAAAGAUGGAAAGGCUGCGGAGGAGAAUGCACCGCCUGGAACGGUCGUGGAUACGGCUAUUGUUCAUCCAACCGAAAAUGAUUUCUUUUUGCUGUCGCAUCAGGGAAUCAGGGGCACCACUGUUCGUCCAACGCGUUAUCAUGUUCUAUGGGACGAUUCAGAUUUUUCGUCCGAUCAAAUACAGCAACUGACCUACUAUCUGUGCUACAUGUACGUACGAUGCAAUCGUUCGGUAAGCAUUCCUGCUCCUACAUACUAUGCCCAUCAUGCUGCUAGCAGAGCCAGUGUACUGGCUCAGGGUCAAACCGGUUCAAUCAAUGAUAUCAACCGAAUGCUCUUGAGAACAGAACUCAACGAGAAGUCGCCAAUGCAUUUUGUCUGAAGGAGAUUGAGAAAGAGAUUGUGAAGAGGUGUAGCGUAAUCGGCCGUUUAUUUAAUUCAUUGAUUUAUCCAACUGGAAGAAUGAACUUCGUGUGAUCAAACAUAAUGUUAAUGUCAAUUUAAUUGUAAUAUUUUAUUAUUCUUAAU